GUGGAGAGAAUGAAGGGAGGUGCUAGGAGAAAUGCAGAGCAAGAGGUCUAAGGAGUCAGCCGCAAAGGUGUGGGACGCUCCGGUGCCUCUGAGCCUUGGGAAUACCAUCAGCUCUGCCCCGUAGGCCCCUUGGCUGGGCUGAGGGUUGUGUGGUAGCUGCCCUUCCCUCCCCAGCAGGCUGGCUUGGGAGGAGAAAGAAGCUGUCAUGUCCCAAGGAGGAGCAGGGGAACGCAAAGCUGCCAAGCCCCAGGACCAGGGCUGGGCAUGGAUGGUGCUGCUGGCUGCGGUGGUGCUGCAGGCGAUGACGCUGGGCUUCCCCCCCUGCAUUGGCAUCUUCUUCACGGACCUGCAGCGAGACUUCCAGGCCAGCAACAGUGAGACAUCGUGGUUCCCAUCCAUCAUGGUGGCUGUGCUGCACGGAGGAGGGCCCCUGUGCAGCAUCCUGGUGAAGCGCUUUGGCUGCAGGUUCGCGGUGAUGCUGGGGGGGCUGCUCAGCAGCGUGGGCAUGGUGUCCAGCUCCUUCUGCAGGUCCAUCAGCCAGCUGUACAUCACCGCUGGCUUCAUCACAGGCCUGGGGUCAUGUUUCAGCUUCCAGGCAGGAGUGACUGCACUGGGAUACUACUUUGUACGGUGGCGAACACUGGCCAACGCAAUGGCAUCCACCGGUGUCUCUCUGGGAUUCACACUGUGGCCACUGCUUUCUCAAUACCUGCUGGAUGAGAUGGGCUGGAGAAACACUUUCCUUAUCUUUGGAGGAAUACUACUGAACUGCUGUGUCUGUGGAGCCAUCAUGAGACCAGUUCAGCUCGCUUCAGGGUCACUGCUACAGUCACCCCAGCCUGGAGAGGAGCCGAGGAGAAGAGCAGAAGAGACACAGCUGUCCAAUGGAGCAUCUUCUCCCCAUCACGAGCUCCAGAAGCAAAGCAGAAGGACUGCAUGCUUCCAUGUACUGCAGAAGUACCUAGCUUUUGACAUCUUCUGUCAAAACAAAGGUUACCAGAUUUACACUAUUGGCGUGACCUGGAUGAUGAUGGGGUUUGCAUUACCCCAUAUCUACCUUGUGCCUUACGCCAUCCAGAACGGGGUGGAGGAGCGCAGGGCAGCCCUCCUCAUCUCUGUCAUUGGGUUCAUCAACAUCUUCAUCCGCCCCUUCACGGGGCUGCUCUCGGGACACAGGUUCUUCACAGGGAGACGAAUCUACCUGUUCAGCCUGGCCGUGCUCCUCUGUGGGCUGAGCAACUUCAUCUGCGUGGUCUCUGCUGAGUUCAGCGUGCUCAUCAUCUACUGCGUCAUCCUCAGCAUAGCCAUGAGCGGCAUCGGGGCGCUCACCUUCCAGGUGCUGAUGGACGUGGUGGAGAUGGACCGGUUCUCGAGCGCUCUGGGGCUCUUCACCAUCCUAGAGAGCAUCACGCUCCUCAUCGGACCCCCUCUCACAGGUCUCCUGGUAGACGUAACUAAUGACUUCCACUACGUCUUCUAUAACUCCAGCUUCUUCCUCAUAUCAGCUGCCUUAUUUAUGGCAUUCUCCUUCUGUGCUCUGGAAAAGAAAACCAAAUUGAAAGAGGCUUCCAAAGUACCUGGGGAUAAUCCUUCCAGGUAUCAGUACAGUGAAAUGCCAACUGAAUCACAGCCUGAGAGUCAGCCUCCUCCAGCAGUCGUGUACAUCACAAGCAUAUGAAAAGCAAGAAGACAAAUAAAGAGGAACACAAAGGAUUAUGUGGCCUGUACAAAGCUCCACAAGGCCCAGCACUGAUGGCAGAUGAGAAAACAAGUGGCUGCUUUCCACAGCUGCCGUCAUCCUUCUCUAUGGGGCCGUGUCAGACUCCAAGUGAGUGCUCUGGACCACGGGCUGAGCCCAGAACCCAGCGCCAGCCAAAGAGAUCAAGGACAAAGAGAACUGUGCUUCCCUAAAGCAAACCCUGGCAUAACAGCCAUGGUAACCAGCGCCGAGACACAAAAGCCGUGUCAGUUCAAUUGGUGUAAGUCAGUGCCUUUAAGUCACUGGAAUCUCACAUGCACAUUCCAGUGGGUAACACUGGAUAAUACGCAUUGAUGGCUAUGCACAAUGGUCAUUCCUCCACAAAGAAGUGUUAUUGCCUCAUCCGAACACGUGAUGUGGUGCAGAAUGCAGAGUUUCCUGGUUGCUUCCCAUGUUGUGGGUGGCAACUUCCACAGGAAGGCUGUUAUUAUUUUCCACAUCUCUAACUAUUACAUGGAAGCUGCUGCAAGCGCUGCAGAACUCAGCCAAGUCUCUAGUAAGGGCAAACAUUUUCUCCUAUGAGGCACAUACCCAAUGUCUUCAUGCCAAGGAUGUUUCCAAAGCCUCCAAGGUUCAGCUCCAGAGCAUCCAAAAGAACCAACCCAACCAACCUUAGAGCGCCUGUUGUUUGUAACCAGUAACAUCCCCAGUGCUUCUUGAUAUACCAGGAACAGGAUUUGUGGCUGGUCUAAAUACGCUUCUUUAUAGCAUGAACUGGGACCCAUUGCUGCAGGGGGGGGAGUGGUAUAGAACUAAGAACAAGUGUGUGCAUCCUUAGAGAGGGACACAUUCAAAGCCACUGCAGUAAGUGAAUUUGUAGUGCACAAAGCCUUUGUGUAAAUGAAUUUAGCUUAGACUCAUGACACCAGCGUUCUCUAAAUUACAGAGUGCUUGCACAAGCAUAACUACAUUUCGUAUAAGCACAAGAAUGACUUACAAAGGAAUCUGUUGGGAAAAGUAUAUUGGGAAAAGUCAAUGUCACUGACUUCCAUAUCCAUACAGCCUUGACUGUAAUAGCUCUUCUUGCUGCACUCCUGGGAAUGACACUGCAUCAGCCUCUAGCCUCCCUCAGCACCAGCUUGGGUUGCACAAUGUUUAUGUUCUCUAUCAUUCCUUAUCUGACAGGAGCAGAUAAUACAAUCACAAAACUGAUCAGGUUGGAAAAGACCUUUAAGAUCAUUUGAAUCCAACCAUUAACCCAGGACUGCCCAGUCCACCACUAACCCACACAUCUCAGUGCCACAGCUACACGUCAGUUAAAUCCUUCCAGGGAUGGUGGCUCCGUCCCUGCCCUGGGCAGCCUGUUCCAAUGAUUAACAACCCUUCCCAACCUAAACCUGUCCUGGUGCAGCUUGAGGCCGUUUCCUCUUGUCCCAUCCCUUGUUCCUUGGGAGCAGAGCCCAGCCCCUCCUGGCUCCA